UCUUUCCUUUUUCUCUUCGAACGGAUCCGCCGCGGGAGGAAUCCACACAAAUACUUCGCUUCCCCCCGCGGCGAGAGAGGGAGAGGGAGAGAGAGAGGAGCAAUGGCGGCGUACAGAGCAGAGGACGAUUACGACUACCUGUUCAAAGUGGUGCUAAUCGGGGACUCGGGAGUGGGGAAAUCGAACCUCCUCUCGAGGUUUACGAGGAACGAGUUCAGUCUAGAGUCAAAGUCCACCAUUGGGGUGGAGUUCGCCACCAGGAGCGUCAAUGUAGAUGGCAAGGUCAUCAAGGCGCAGAUUUGGGACACCGCAGGCCAGGAAAGGUACCGUGCGAUCACGAGUGCUUACUAUCGGGGAGCCGUCGGCGCAUUGCUUGUCUACGAUGUCACUCGGCACGCCACCUUUGAGAACACAGAGCGAUGGCUGCGCGAGCUAAGGGACCACACCGAUCCAAAUAUCAUUGUCAUGCUUGUCGGAAACAAAUCCGAUCUACGUCAUCUCGUCGCCGUCAGCACCGAAGACAGCAAAGCCUUUGCGGAGAAAGAAUCCCUUUAUUUCAUGGAGACUUCGGCCCUCGAAGCCACCAACGUCGAGAACGCUUUCGCCGAGGUCUUAACGCAGAUCUACCGCAUUGUGAGCAAGAAGAUAAUUGAUUCGGGUGAUGAUGGCACGAGUUCUGUUCCCGGCAAAGGGGAGAAGAUUAAUGUUAAGGAUGAUGUGUCUGCUCUUAAGAAAGCUGGCUGCUGCUCAAGUUGAGCUUAGAAAAUGUUGUGGGAAGUAAUAUUAUUAUAUGGCUUUAUUUGUUUUUAGUUUCUUUGUAUUUUCCUAUUUUGGAACUUUUUUCUAAUGUGUUUUUGAAUUGUAAACAUCUUUGAUGUUGAUGCGGCUGUGUGAUUUAGGAAUGGAUUGGUAGUUUCAAGGAAGAUUUGUAGUGAAAAUAUUGUAGAAAAAUUCUGAUUUAUGUGGACGCCAUCUUGUUAUUUUGAUUGGAGUUGUGCUUUGGGGGAGGAGUUUUUCAUUUGUAUAA